AUGUCCGGUGAUACAUGGAUGGCUCAAAACCUUCGAAAACAGAAGCUGCUGUUAGAAGAAAAACAACGCCAAAAACGCUCUUUGUUAGUCGGUCUACGAUCCAACGACUUGCCGAAAAGUUUGAAAAAAACUCCUUUCAACGGUUCCAAAAACCCCAUCGAAACCGCAUUUUAUGACGGUCCUUUAGCCUAUAAAGACGGUGAUCCAGACCGGUUCUCCUGUGAACAUCUUCAGCUGCAACCAACGUCGGAACAGCUUGACAAGCAACGCAAUGAACUGCAUUCUGUGGGUCAGUCGUCAGAAUCUUCGGCUACCGGACCGUCUGCAGCUGAAGGGAACUCAAAAAGUAGGAGCGGUCUUGAUAGUUCUUCGGAUGAAGAAAUUCAUGAUCUGAGUAAGGAUAUGGAAGAUAAUCUGAUAACAGCUGUUGUACCGUCAAAUGAGCCCUCUAAAUGUAACAGUAACCACUGGGAAGACGACGACAUUGAAAGUGUUCUUGCUGGUAAACUGUUAUAG